AUAUAUAAAUAAAAUAAAUAAAUAAUGCAAUAAUAGGAUAGUUUAUUCUUUUAAAGUUAACUCUAUGUAGCUGAAUUGUGUGAGCCUAUAAAUUUGAUAGAAUUCGUAACAGUUGAUGUAUAAAAAAAUAAAGAAAAGCAAUAAAAAAUAUCAUCAGGUCUUUAAGUUUCUGAUCAAAAAUAAAAAAUGAAAACCUAAAAUGAAAAGAGUAUUAAUCUGUUGAAAUAAUCUAGUUAGUCAAUCCAUCCAAAUCUAAUGUCACUCAUAAAGAAUAAAUUAAAAAUCAUAAAUAAGAUUCUUCUUCUAAAGGGAAAAAUUGGAUUAUUAAGAAAUUAAAUGAAGAAAAUUAAUCUAAAGAAGUAAUAACUUGUUUACCUAAUUUACCUAAACCUUUAUAAAACUAAGGAAAGUUAUUUUCAAAUACAGCCUCAAAAUAGAUUAAAUAAAGACUCAAUAAAUUUAUUCUUGAUUAGAAUAAGAAUCAAUCAAUAAUUAACAAUGAUAUUUUAUCAGGAUAGAAUUCUUCUUUACCUCAUUUAAGUAAUAAUGUUCUAGAAAUUAUAAAAGUUAGAUUAAAAUCAGACUCUCCAAAAUAAAUGCCCAUUUAUGAUGUUAAUUUUUUUUAGAACUUUUAAUAAUUUUUUUCUUGA